GGAGAGGGUUCUGCCCUCCUCCAUCCAGACAGCAGAUCCCAUCCAAGAUCCUUAGAGAAGAGUGCCUGGAGGGCCUUUAAGGAAUCCCAGUGCCACCAUAUGCUCAAACAUCUCCACAAUGGUGCUCGGAUCACCGUACAGAUGCCUCCUACAAUUGAAGGACACUGGGUCUCCACAGGGUGUGAAGUAAGGUCAGGUCCUGAGUUCAUCACGAGAUCUUACAGAUUCUACCACAAUAACACCUUCAAGGCCUACCAGUUUUAUUAUGGUGGCAACCGCUGCACAAAUCCCACCUACACCCUUGUCAUCCGCGGCAAGAUCCGCCUUCGCCAAGCAUCCUGGAUCAUCCGAGGGGGCACUGAGGCUGACUACCAGCUGCACCACGUCCAGGUCAUUUGCCACACAGAGGCCAUCGCUGAGAGACUCAGCCAGCUAGUGAACCGCACAUGUCCUGGGUUUGUCCCUGCCAGUAGUCCCUGGGUGCAGGAUGUCCCGCACGACCUGUGGCGUGAGGAGAAUGGCUGUGAGUGCACCAGGGCUGUGAAUUUUGCGAUGCACGAGCUUCAGCUAAUCCGAGUGGAAAAGCAGUACCUGCAUCACAACUUAGACCACCUGGUAGAGGAGCUCUUCCUGGGUGACAUCCACACUGAUGCCUCCCAAAGGAUGUUCUACCGGCCUUCAAGUUACCAGCCCCCUCUGCAAAAUGCCAAGAAUCAUGACCAUGCCUGUAUCGCCUGUCGCAUCAUCUACCGCUCGGAUGAACAUCAUCCCCCAAUCCUGCCUCCAAAGGCUGACCUAACCAUUGGCCUGCAUGGGGAGUGGGUAAGCCAGCGCUGCGAGGUACGCCCUGAGGUUCUCUUCCUCACCCGCCACUUCAUCUUUCAUGACAACAACAACACCUGGGAAGGCCACUACUACCACUACUCUGACCCUAUCUGCAAGCACCCGACCUUCACCAUCUACGCCAGGGGCCGCUACAGCCGGGGCAUGCACUCUGCCCAUGUCAUGGGAGGCACCGAGUUUGUGUUCAAAGUGAACCACAUGAAGGUCACCCCCAUGGAUGCAGCCACGGCCUCACUUCUUAAUGUCUUCAGCGGGAAUGAGUGUGGGGCUGAGGGUUCCUGGCAAGUGGGCGUCCAGCAGGAUGUGACACAUACCAAUGGUUGCGUGGCCCUGGGCAUCAAGCUGCCUCACACAGAGUAUGAGAUCUUCAAGAUGGAGCAGGAUGCUCGGGGAAGGUACCUCUUAUUCAAUGGCCAGAGGCCCAGUGACGGAUCUAGCCCUGACAGGCCAGAGAAGAGAGCCACAUCUUACCAGAUGCCCUUGGUUCAGUGUGCUUCCUCUGCACCCAGAGCUGAGGACUUGACUGAAGAGCACAGAGGCCACCAAUAUGGGAGUGGGGCCCCACAGAGCAAUAACUUCCCCACCUUCCUUACUGUGAUCGCCUGCCUUUGGACUAUGCCACAUUGGAACGCCCUCAGAUAG